AAAUACGAUAGUUUUUCGAUAGUGUGUUGGUCGCUGCUGCUGUUGUGUUAUGAUUUUGUAUAAAACAGCCGGGAAAUAGUAAAAAUUAUAUAAUUAUAACUGAAUAAUACAACUACGGUGACUGAAUAAUAAAUACAUCAGAAAUGUUAUCACUUCUAUCAACAAUGCGUACUCUUGUCGUACGCCAGCAAGCGGGAGAAGCAUUGCGCUGCUUGCACCUGACCGCAGUCGCGGAGGCUGCGCGCAAGGGAACCCGUGAGAAGGCACGCAAGAAGAAGGUCAAAGUGGAGGUAAAGAAGGUGGGAUUCAUCCCCCACAACCAGCGAGACAAAAAAAUCAAUGUUAAGCGUGCGGACAAACACGUGGAUGAUUCCUGGAAGCAGGUGCCCAAAGAUGACGUCUAUGUGGGACGUUAUUAUCGAUGGCCCGUGUAUACGGUGGCCGAGGCCAUACAGUGUCAUCGGGAGACGCAUCAUCCCAGCAUGUACAAUGUGCCCAAUGCACCGCUAAACGUGGAGAUCGAAUUAAAUAUGCAAGGAGAAAAGGCGACGAGAUUUGUGGAUAACUUUCAGCGGAUGGCCAUGAUACCGCACAAAUUCCAUCACGGCGAGGAGCGCAAAAUCAUAGUAUUCACAAAGGGCAACGAAGAGAUUGCAGAAGCACGAGGAGCAGGCGCCUCCCUUGUGGGUGGCGUGGAGUUGAUCAAGGACAUAACCGGGGGCGAGCUGCUGCUAUCCGACUAUCAAUUCAUCAUUGCACAUCCCAAUAUACUAGCCGAACUGGUCGCACUGCGUGGCCUGAUGAAACGCAAGUUUCCAAAUCCUAAGAGCGAAACGCUGGGCACAAAUCUGGCCGAAAUGAUUGUGAAAUUCUCCAAUGGCAUCGCCUACAGUGCAGCCAAGGACGAAUACCAGCAGAACUUUGGCCUGAUAACGGCCAGCGUGGGCACGCUGGACAUGGAUGCCCAACAUCUGGAGGAGAAUGUACGCUUUCUAUUGCAGGAUGUGAACACAAUGCGACCAAAACGUGAUGGUCGCUUUAUAACUCGCGUCCUGCUCAAGAGUGCGCCCAGCAGCGAGCAGCUGAAAAUCGAUCCAUUUGUAUAUAUAUCGGAGUUAUACGACAAGAGUGCUGCCAAAUCAAGUAGAGAUGCCAAGAAGGAAGUGGCACCAGCAGAACCACAAGCUGCUGCUGCAGCAGCUGCGGCAAAUUAGAUUUUGUUAAAUUUGAUUGUUUACUUACAGAGGCGAUAGCUUUAAUGGAUCAAUUUGUGCAUUGGCGGAAUCGGAAUACAUAUUUUUUAAACAUUAUUUACUUUUAA